AUGGCUGCCAUCGCAGCUCACCAAGCAGACGAUGAGCAAGCUGUACGUCUGGGUAGAGAGUCCAAGACUCAUCGCUUGACGCUUAAAGGUCUGCUCGAGCACCAGUCCGCUUCACCCACCGCACCGGCCAUCGACUUUGCUAGGAAAGAAGCGCGCAACUCGAUCCUCCGUCUGCUCUUCGUUUGCACUUUCAGCAGCAGAGCUCAGGGUGCCGAUGUUGCCUUAUGGACAGAGACGACCCACCCGCUCGUCCAUCUUUAUCGAAGUCGCCUUAGCGCGUUCGAAAAGGACUUCAAAAAGGCUGCUGCCGCCGCCGCCGAGGAUGCUGCGCCCACAUCGGAAACCUCUUCCCUCACUCGCAAAUUCAGGCCCAGUCGUAGCCGCGAUGAUGGCAACGUCAAGUCUAAGACCGACAAUGGCCUAGGUCAAGCUCAAAAGGCAGCAGACUACCUUCGUCUUGCCGCUUCCUUUCGAGACUUCCUAGCUAAUGAGGAGAAUUUCUGGAGGGAGCUUGCUGGUCGAGUAGUACGCGUCUUCAGACUGGAAGAAGCGCGACCGCACAUGAAGGCACUGGGCAUCCCUUCUGAUGAAGCGGAGUGGUCCAUCAGCGCGUCAGGAGACUCUUCCACCGCUUCGACUGGAAUGGAACGCAUUGCUGGCACCCAGCAAGCCCAGCCUGCCCUAUUACGAGCCUCGCAACUGCCGGAGAAUAGGAAGCGCCUCGUAGAGGUGGUGCACAAGGCGCUGAUCUACUGUGGCGACUUAGCUCGCUACCGCGAGCUCUACAGAGAGGACCGACGCGGAAGAGCUGAUGCUCCCACUGCUGCUCCUGGCAGCGCCGACGCAGCGCUUGGCAAGAUGGGUAGCGGCAGAAGCAAGGGCGUGCCCCGUGGAGGGAAAGCCGCGAUUGCCGUUGCGACUGCUGCUGCACGCUCGCACAAGGAGGUGUCGAGCCACCGCGACUUCUCUCGGGCCAUUACUUGCUAUGAGCAAGCUCGACUAUUGGUACCGGACAAGGGAAACCCGUCCAACCAGUUGGCUGUCAUGGCCACAUAUUCUGGCGACACGUUUGCUGCUGUGCAUCAUUACUAUCGUGCGCUUUGCGUGCGCCACCCCUUCGAAACAGCUCGCCAAAAUCUCGAGGUUACUUUGAAGAAGGCGUUCGAUGUCUGGAACAAGAGCGGCUUGCUCGAGCGACUGGAGGCUGGUGACUUGCAUGCUGUGUCGGUGGACGAGACAGGCCCGAUCAAUGAGAGAUUCUCGCACGCAUCCUGGAAUGCGGUCGCCCUUCACCACUUUUUCUAUUCCCGCACGCACUUCAUCGCUGCCCAGCGGCUCUCGAAACAAUUUCUUGUCGAUCUUGACUCGACUCUGGCAGAUCGUGUGCUUGGCACCGACGUCAUAGUGCGCCUGGUCGUGACAGCUUUGUCAGCGUCGUGGACGACGAGACUGUGGCGCACUAGUGGCGGCGGCACCAAAAAGAAGGAAAAGCCAAAAGACAGUCUCUCAAACACUAGUGGAGUCGCUGCAUCGCCAGUCGACGGAGUCUACGCGGAACACUUCAUCUUGAGCCACGUCCUCGGCUUGUUCGAUGCGCUCGUCAAGUUUGGCACAGCUCAGACGCGGGAAGCUUUGCGCUCUCAGGCUAGUGCCGUAGGUGGCACAUCGAACCCUCCUCAGGAUUCUGCGUCGGCUGCUCGCAAUAUCACUGCAGCAUUCAGAAGGACUUUGCCUGCUCUUCGCGUUUGCUCCAAAUGGACCAAGAGCCAUUUGGAAUAUAUUUCCAGGUGCUCCGAGCAAGCAGCUGCAACUUCUUCACAAGACAGCGGCUCCACCAGGACCGCGUCGCAGUCUCAAGAGGAGCGCGCAGAAGCUGACGCGAAGGCUAGUGCGGAGGCGGCACUGGUUCGAACCACGCCUGCGCUCUGGCGUACCUAUGCCGACUUUGCAAAUCUCAUCCGAUUCGCCUUUCCAUUCGACAUUCUCCCGAAAUUGAGCGUUAUGGGCUCAGGCGGUGCCGCGCCUCUCGCACUCGAAGAAGACAGCGAUCUGCGCGGAUUUGCUCCACUUCGAAAGGCUACCAUGUACGUCAACGGCGAUACGCCCGGCUCGGCCAUUGCUCCGCAAGAGGGCAACCACGCACCACCGCAUUCUAGUCCACGCACUACGCGUCCUAGUCAGGUACAUCCAAACGACGAGCAGCUCAUGCGCAUUGCUGAUCUUCUGAUUGACGCCAAAGUCAUGGCCGAGUCGGAUGCAUGCCCCCUUGCCUUCGACGACAUGCGUCGCGUGUUCUACGUCAACGAGUCUGGCCCAGGAAUGGUGGGCGGCCCUGAAGUGCAGAAGCAACCCCAUUUGGUGAGCCAGUCUGCCGAUGCAAAGGACGAGCGCAACCCGCAAACAGGAACAGAGACGCCCACAAGAUCGUCUUCGGAUCUCAGUGCGAGUGCAAGUCGACGAAUCCGCUUCGAUGAGCGGUCCGAGGCAAAUUCCUCGGAGGCUACAGAGGAUGUGGUGGACAUGGCCAUGCGCGCGGGUGCAGGUCGCCAAGGUUCCUCGGACGUCAGCUUAGUGGACGAAAAUGACAAUGAAGACGACGAUGGUGAUGUCAUCUUGAUUCCAUCGGCUCAGCGUCGCUUUGCCGAGCUGGCGCAGGCAUUCCCUGCCGUUGCUGUAAGCCCUUCGCCGACUGCCCUGGGCUUCGAAGAUGGUUCCUUCACUUCCCAGCCGCAGUCGAGGCGCGAUACAGUGGUGAGACCGGUUCCUGCCACCGCUCAACAAAGUCAUCAGACAACCCAAAAUGUCACAGCUCAACACUUGCUGCUGCAAGUUUUGAACGGGCGCAGUCCCGCCACACCCACAGGCACUUCUCCCUUGCGCCAGCCACCUACCCCGCAUUCCGCCGGCUUCGGUCAGCAACCUUCGCAGUCUCCAUUCGAUUCUCCAAACGGAGCUCGGACCCCCUUGCCAUCUGAUUCACAACAACCCCAAACGCUCUUUGGUGGCAUUGGAGAUCCGCAAGCUGGACAAGCCAGCAUCUGGUCAAGUGGUGGUCUGCCGCGCUCUGGCGCUUUCUCGCACUCUUCUGGCCCCAGUGCAGCCCGCAACGCCUGGCAUGCUGCCCAACACAGUGGCGGACGGGAAAGAAUUCCAAGUGGCGGAGGCGGCGCAGCCACUCCCACCUUUGGUCCAAUUGGCUCGACGACGAACGCAUCUGGGGUGGCGCAGAUUCCACCUCAUCUCGCCAGCGCAUUUGGAGGCCAGUACGGUGGUCUUGUUAGCGUUCCUUCUCAUCAAGGCUUGGGUCCGUCGCAAACCUCAACUCCACCCUCCGCCCCAUCUCCUCAGCAUUGGUCCAACACUUUCUCGACUCAGACCACGGGUCAUUCUUUCGCUUCAGUGCCCCCUCACACGGCACCUUCUCACGAGUCCAGUCGUGGCACCAGGCAUGGCCCUAUCGGAUCCCCGCCUGCUUCGGCCAAAGGUACUGGCGCUUUCGACCGUGUCGGUCAGAUGGGCUUCCACUCUUCUCACCAGCUUCAGUCCGGGGCAGGCUUGCAUUCUAGCCAAGACGUAAGCCAGGCCCAGGCACGCCAAGACUUUCUACGCACAAGCUGA